AUGUCGCUCAAGCAGGAGAUUGAGACUUGGGUUGAGGCCCUGUCUCAUUACGACAAUCAGGAAUUCGAGGAGGCCUUGACCACGUUCGAUGCGAUUGCAGAUACCUCCAAGAUCCUCUUCAACUGUGGUGUCAUUCAUGCAACCAUUGGCGAGCAUGAUCGAGCGGUGGAAUGCUACCAACGGGCGAUCAAGCUCGACCAAUAUCUUGCCGUGGCAUAUUUCCAACAGGGAGUGUCCAAUUUUCUCCUGGGCGAUUUCGAAGAAGCAUUGGCCAAUUUCAAUGACACUCUAUUAUACUUGAGAGGGAACACCUAUAUCGACUAUGAACAGUUGGGAUUGAAGUUCAAGCUGUACUCCUGCGAAGUGCUGUUCAACCGAGGGCUUUGCUAUAUGUAUCUCCAGCAGGAGGACGCCGGCAUGCAGGAUUUCGGUUUUGCGCAGAAGGAAAAGAUGACCCCUGAUCACGAUGUGAUAGACGACGCCAUCAAGGAAAAGGCAGCAGGUUACGUUGUCUUUAGCAUACCUGUGGGCUGCGUAUAUAGGCCAAACGAAGCCAAAGUCAAGAAUCUCAAGGCGAAAGACUACCUGGGCAAGGCCCGACUCAUAGCUACCUCGAAUAGCCAAAACACUGGGACUGGCUUCCAAGGCAUUGAACGGAGGCAAGCCAUCGCCACCGAGAUGGCAGCCAAGGACGAUCGCCCACCCGAGAAUAUCAGUUAUGCUGCAACGAAUCUUGUGCAGCGCAACCUAUCGACAAGGCAGCCCAGAGACCAGAGUGCCCCUCCGGUUAUGAACCGGAAUGCUUUCCCUCCCACGCCGCCCCCAGAGACCGAGAAGCCCAGAGUGAGCAGCGGCGGAUCCACGAGCCUCCCACUGCGGACAGCUUCGAUGCGCAACCCACGGAACAUGUCUUAUUCGAAGCCAGGAUUUGAUCAACCAAGACCUGGCAUACUGGGCCGCUCAGCGACAUUUGAUGUCGGCGGGAACGCACCACCUACUAGAAACAGAAUCGCACCACUCGGGCAACGUGAAAACCCCUGGUCUGAAGAACCCGUCAUGGUGGAGCGGCCCAUGCCACAGAUGGAAAGAUCACGCUAUGGAACCCAAAGAACCGCAUCAGAACCACGUGGGCCGGCUCCCCGGCGUCAAAUGCUGGAUAGAUCUCUCUCGCAACGGGCUCCUGCACCCCUGUUCCGGGAGACGACCGAGUCACCAUACGACGAGGCCACCGAUGCCGUGGAUGAUGUCUACCGCAUGUACGCCAGCCCGCGAAGACGGCAAGGACGGCCGGAACAACAAGUGUACAUCAAUGAAGAAGACGAAUAUAUCGACGAAGAAGUAAUGAGCGAAGGCAUGAGCGGGUUUGAGCCUGUCCGCCGACCCACAUCGGGUUCUGCACGCGGCAGUAAUCGUCCCGACAUGCGCAAGAUUCGAGUCAAGUGCCAUUUCAAUGAAGAUACGAGAUACCUUAUGAUUGGAGCGGUGAUAGAUUUUGGCGAUUUCGAGAGCAAGAUCCGCGAAAAGUUUGGGAUCAAAGAACAAAUGAAGAUCCGAAUGCAAGAUGACGGUGACAUGAUCACCAUGGGCGACCAGGAUGAUCUCGAGAUGCUGCUGAGCAGCGUGCGCAGUCAAGCGAGAAAGGAGAGGAAUGAGAUGGGAAAGAUGGAGGUCUGGAUCUCGUCGAAAUUUUCGUCCUGA